AUGGGCGGCUGUCGAAGCAUGACCAUUGAUGUCUUUGACUUUCUCUGUGCUUCGCCUGAGCAUUCACUUCUACUAAAAUCUACAGCUCAGAUCAAUCUCUUACGAAUAUUAAAUAGAUCAAACCGCAACCAACAUCUAUCCAACCGUCAACCCAACGAGUCUUUCCCAGAAACAAAUAUGGUCGACAGCCGAGCGAACGGAGAUGCCCACGCCAGCAAGCGCGAUGCCAAGAUUGCUGAGCUCUAUGAGCAGCUCGAAGUCCGAGCCCAGACCAUCCGCGAAGUAGGUGAAGCCAAUACCUGUAGGGAUACAAUCAUCGCCGGCAAGAAGUCAGAAACAGUCCAAGUUCAGGGACCACGAGCUCUUGAGGAGAAGGUUGAUGACACCAAAGAGUAG